GCUCUCGUUUUUCACGCCGAGGAGGGUGGAGACGCCCCGGGUUCCCGGAUGCUGCUACGACGCCAUAUUUGCCGCGGGAGCCUGGUGCUUGUUGCUACUCCUCCGCCAGGAAUCACCGAGGGGCCUGACCAGUCCUCCCUUCUUUCUCUCUCUCUCUUUCUCUCUCUCCCCUCUUUUCUCCUCCUCCCUCCCUUCGGGACUUUUCCUUUUUUCGAACGCCAACCCCCCUCCGCCACCACCCACCGCAUUAGCCUAGCACCAUGGCGGACAGAGAAGAAGCAGUGUACCAGGCGAAGCUCGCCGAGCAAGCGGAGCGAUACGAUGAAAUGGUGGAGUCGAUGAAACGAGUGGCAAGCUUGGACACGGAGCUGACCGUGGAGGAGCGGAACCUCCUGUCGGUGGCGUACAAGAACGUGAUUGGCGCCCGGAGAGCCUCGUGGAGGAUAAUCAGCAGCUUGGAGCAGAAGGAAGAAAGCAAAGCAAGCGAGGAGAAGCUGACUAUGUACAAGGACUACCGGAAGCUGGUAGAGAAAGAGCUGAAAUCAAUCUGCAAUGACAUUUUGGCCGUACUGGACCACCACCUCAUCCCAGCCUCCUCUACGGGAGAGUCCAAGGUUUUCUAUUACAAAAUGAAGGGAGACUACCACAGGUACCUGGCAGAGUUCGCUACCGGCAACGACCGGAAGGAGGCGGCCGAGAACAGCUUGGUGGCGUACAAAGCCGCCAGCGACAUCGCUCUCAACGAACUGCCGCCCACGCACCCCAUUCGCCUCGGACUGGCCCUCAACUUCUCCGUUUUCUACUACGAAAUCCUCAACUCGCCAGACCGCGCCUGCGGGUUGGCGAAGGACGCGUUUGACAGCGCCAUCGCCGAACUGGACACGCUGAGCGAGGAGAGCUACAAGGACUCCACGCUCAUCAUGCAGCUGCUACGUGACAACCUGACACUUUGGACCUCAGACCUGCAGGGAGACGAUUCUUAAAGGGGACACCUCCUCAUUCUUGCUCCCUCCUUAAUAAACGUUGUGUUGUGAUGAACAGAACACAGAAGCACCGCCGGAAGCGGAGGAAGAUGCCCAGUGAGACCCCAAAGGCCACGCCACGAGCCCACAACCCUUCCCUCCCCCGUAGCCCCCUUUCCUUCCUCCCAGCACUCCCUCCACUCUCCAUCCUACUCCUCUCCUCCCUUCCUCCCACAACCCUCAUCAACGCCUCCACGGUGGGUUUAACCCUUCAAUGUGGGGGGGGAGAUGUAUACUUAAUUUGAUUUUCUUUUCCUUUUUUUCUCCCUCCCCCGCCUCUUUGAUGACUUCUUUGCAAGAUUGUGCCCUUUAAGGUCCACGUCCUUUUUUUUUUUCCUUUCUUCUUCCCGUUUUUUUAUCCGUUUUAUGCUUCAUGUCGUUGCCAAGUACGCUUGCCUGUCUUUGUAACACACACAUGCAAGAGUUUAUUUAAAAGGUGCGUGCAUGUGGUGUCGCCGAGCGCUUUCGUUUUUGCAAAGAGACGCAACAAAAGGGAAGCGCGGAACAACUCAAGUGCCCUCGUAGAACCACCUCUGACAGGUCUCAUUGUUGGGUGUUUUUUUUCUUUCUUUUUUUUUUUUUUUUUUAAAAAGCGUUUCUAAUCAUGACAAACGGCAGAAUGUCGCCUCUGCUCUUGUCCGCUUGGACCAACCGUCGCGCUUUUGGCAGGGUUCUGUAGUUGUGCUGACGUCCUUGUGUAGUCGUGUGGGAGGCUCAACACUUGAUUGUAUUAUAAAGCAGUUUUGCUCGGGCAAGUUGAACGGGGACAAAAAUAAAAACAAAAACAAAAAAAAAAAACAGUUUGGGAAAUGGAAGCCUGCUGUAUCUUAACCCCCUUCCCUCCCCUCAACCCAGUCCCCAGUUAACUCCUACAGGUUUAGUUUGAUUUUAUUUUUAUUUCUUUUUCUUACACCUCUUCGGUCCUCCCCCCCUCCCCUCCCCUCUUGCUCCUGGUCGGUGUGUAUGUUACGUGAAUCUGAUUUGUACUACUGGAUGUUGUCACCGGAGCCACAAGUACCGUCUGUAUUCUUUCUGAAAACACGGCAUGGAAUUAACAUUAAACUUCAAACUGAAAGAACGCCA